AUGUCCACGCGGUCCCGCCUGGAGAAGGAGAUGCGGCGGCAGCUGAGUGAGGUACCUGAGGGCCUGAACCGGGAAGCCGUCUUUGGCUCCGGGGAUGCUUGCGGUCCCAGCAGGAUCUAUCCGCUGGCUCAAGCCACCGGGGCCGCCUCAGGUGAUGGGUUGGCCGGUGCCCUGCUCGGUAACUCUGGUGAUUCUCCCCUGGCAGCCGGUACCGCCUUUCCUAACGCGCAGGGAGGCCCUGGGCUGCCCAUCAUGGCCAUGGUGCAGGCAAAUGAUUCAGACCUGCAGGGCAGCCCUCGGCUCAGCUCAGCUCCCCCAGGGAGCGGCGCGGUGGCGGUAGAGCUCGCCACGCAGGGCACCGAGCGGCUGGACGGCCAAGCGUCCUCGGCCCAGAGCCCGGAGAGCAAGCGGCGCAGGCAGCAGCCCUGCCUCCAGCCUCCAUCUUCCAGCGGCAGCCUCCUCGCUGGAGCCCGCCGGGCAGGCCCUGCCUUCGCGGGGCAGGCCACGCCACCUCGCCCGGUGGCGGCGGGCAGCGGGCCGUCGUCGCCCGAGCUGCAGUUCGAGGGGCCUGGCGCGGGCUGCAGCACCCGAGGGCGUGCGUCUGCUCCGGGCCCCUCGUCGCCGCGGAGCCGCGCCUCCGCCCCGAGCCGGGGCACCCGCAGCCGCGCCUCCGCCGAGCCGGCUCCUGCGGUGAGAAGCCUCGCCCUGCAGGCGGCUCCGGCCGUCCGAGGCCGUGGCACCCAGGUGGGGCCAGCCCGCCGCAGCCGUGCCACGCAGACGGAUCCUCUGCCGCUACGCCAGGUGCCCGAGGCGGGACCCAGCCGCCGCAGCCGCUCCGUGCCGCCCCGUCGCGCCCGCCGCAGCCGCUCCACGCAGACCGCUCCCGCCCGCCGCCGCCGCCGCAGCAGCCGUGCCGCCAGCCAGAGCCCCGCUGCCAGGAGCCGCGCCGCCCAGCCGGGCCCCGCUCGCCGUCGCCGUGCCAGCCGCAGCCCCGUGGCCCGAGGCCGCGGCAGGGGGAGGCCGACGCCCGCCCCGCGCGGCCGCCCCGCGCUGCAACAGCGCCCGCAGAGCCGCCGUCGACGCCCCGCGCCGUCGGGAUCCCGCGCCCGCCGCUCCGUCUCGGCGCCCGGUCCUGCCCUGCCCCGCGCAGCCGCCCCGCGAGGCCGAGCCGGCUCGCCACUGCCGGUCCUGCGGCGCCGCCAGCCGCAGAGGCCGCCCAGUGGCAGCCCCCCGCCGCAGCAGCAGCAGCAGCAGUUCCAAGAGGCGGAGGCCCCCGACGGAUCCCCCCCGGAACACCGAGCGGCCGAGAGCAGCGCCGAGAGCAGCGAGGUGGAGAGCAAUCCGCCGCCACGCGUCUGGAAGGCUGUGCGCAUGCGUGCCUCCUCGCCCUCGCCCCCGGGCAGGUGGUGUCCGCUUGCCAUGCUGUUUGGGGAGUAUAGCUCCUCUGCUUCCACCUGCUCUCACUCUUCGGACAUGAGCCGUACAUCCUCUGUCCCCACCCCACCCCCUGUCCAUGACCCGGAACCCGAAGCUGAUGCUCAGCCCCAGCCCCAGCCCCAGCCCCAGCCCCAGCCUGAACCCGACAACGACCCCAUGCCAGCCUUGGCCUAUUCUGAUAGCAGCUCUCCUUCCCCUUCCCCUGGGUUUUUGGGUCUGGAUGCCAUCCGUACGCCGAGCCCCCAUAGCCUUAGGUGCGCGCUAAUGCCGGAAGCUGAGGAAGAGUCUGAGGAGGAGUCUGAGGAUGAGGUUGAUAUUGAGCUCGAUCCUGAGCUUGUGGCUGACCUUGAUCCUGAGUUUGUGGCUGAGAUUGAUUCUGAUUUUGCGGAUGAGAUAGAGAUUGAGGCUGAAACCAGUUCGUCUUCAGAUGAGGAGGAGUAG